AGGGAGGGUUGACGACUGCAAGACCCGAGCAGCGUCAUCCUUUAUACCAGAAAGCUGGCGGGCACUAUGGGGAAAAAACAAAACAAGAAGAAAGUGGAGGAGGUGCUAGAAGAAGAGGAAGAAGAAUAUGUGGUGGAAAAAGUUCUAGACCGUCGAGUGGUAAAGGGCAAAGUGGAGUAUCUCCUAAAGUGGAAGGGGUUCUCAGAUAAGGAUAACACAUGGGAACCAGAAGAGAACCUGGAUUGCCCCGACCUCAUUGCUGAGUUUCUGCAGUCACAGAAAACAGCACACGAGACAGAUAAAUCAGAGGGAGGCAAACGCAAAGCUGAUUCUGAUUUGGAAGAUAAGGGGGAGGAGAGCAAACCAAAGAAGAAGAAAGAAGAGUCAGAAAAGCCACGAGGCUUUGCCCGGGGUUUGGAACCAGAGCGGAGUACUGGAGCUACGGACUCCAGUGGAGAACUCAUGUUCCUAAUGAAAUGGAAAAACUCUGAUGAGGCUGAUCUGGUCCCUGCCAAGGAAGCCAAUGUCAAGUGCCCGCAGGUUGUCAUAUCCUUCUAUGAGGAAAGGCUGACGUGGCAUUCUUACCCCUCAGAGGAUGAUGACAAAAAAGAUGAUAAGAAUUAACUUUCUUGAAUACCAGCCCCUGUCACAUCUGACUGUGGGUUUCAAGUGGGGAAAGAAGGAGUUCUCCUUGUCUUGACACCAUAAAGGUGGCUUGAGAAGAUGUCCUUUGAAGAGCCAGUAUAGUUUCUGUGCCCUACAGCAGCCCAAGGGCUUCAAAGCCGUUCCAUGCUGUACAGUUUGCAUACCCAUCCCGGUGGAGGGGAAGGAGGGUCAGUGUUUCAAGGCAACCUGUUCUGAACUUUGCUUUAAAAAAAAAAGCAAAGGGCCUUCUAUGAAGGACAAAACAUAGAAUGGGAUGUGGGAGAGCAAGAGAUACUGUAGAUCUUCAAAGAGCAUCUCCACAACCCACACAGCCUUCUUCCUGAUAGUGUUAACUCUGCAUUUUUACAGCAUAGCAUGUGUGUAGUUUUUGGCUAUUACUGGUGUAUUAUUUGGGGUGGGUGGGGUGGGGUGGGAAAGAAGGGAGAUGGGUUAGGAUCAUUUUUGUUAAAAUUUGGGGAAACGGUGAAACAAAGGAAAGAACAGCUAAUGAUGAUUGGGUCUGUGUCCAGAAUAUCGUAUCCUUUCAAAAAAUGUCAUUGGCAACCUAAAUGAGGACUGUGAGAGACUGUUUAAAAGCUGUGAAUGCCUGAAACUUAGAAGCCAAGGUAUUCCCUGCCUGAGCUUAAUGCUGUUCCCAACAAACGAAUAAGAAGCUACCAAAGCUGCCAUUUGGGGGAUGGAAACUGGUUGAGGAGGAAAAGUCUUAUUGGAGUGUAUACACAGGCAGAUCAUUCUGUCUUAGAGGUGCUACUCAUGAAACUGACAAGAAGACCCUUUCUUUUCCUAUUGUGAAGUUACAAAUAUGAGCUUCUCCAUCCAAGCCACUGGUGAAGUAUUUAGGGAAGGGCAGAGAGUGGUAUAGGAGGUAAGUGAGUAGGGAAAGACAAGGGCC